CGACGCUGUGAGCGGACAGGUUUGCUUUCGGCGUCACGGCUUGUUUGAUUGAUCGGUGAGUGAGUAAUCGUUUGAAUUUUUUAGCCGUCGAAGCCGAAUUCUCAUGAAAUCAAUCCCGCGCAGCUGAGUUCUCGCUGUGUUGAACUUCAAUUUGAGGUUCGAGUGGGGGUAUGAUGAGUUUUUGGGUUUGAACAAUCCCGCUGUGAGCUUGUCGUUCCUAGGCUCGGAGGAGAUUCAGCGUAGGAAUUAGCGUUGUGGGAGUUGCAGCGGCCGCUGAUGCUUUAGAGCUGGACUGUAGAGCUUCUUUGCAACAAAGUUUUACGUGAUUUAGAGGAUUUUUGCAGGAAUUAGGGUUUCUUUGCACAUUUAAUGGAUUGCUGUUUGAGACCGACAUCGUGGAGUCGACAUGGGUAUGGAUUGGAAACUGGGAACCGGAGCAUUGACUUCUCGGGUGUGAAUAGUAACAGGGCUGUGUGUUUUUCGUUCGUUAGGAAUGGGUUCGUUCGGUAUGCAUUGCAAGUACAUGAAGCUUAUUGGAAAGUUAGCAACGAUGGAUUGAGUAGAACAUUUGCGGUUGUUUGUGACAAUGGCAAAGUGGGGCAGGAAGAGAAGACUGCUGUGAUUGUAGGAGCAGGUCCUGCGGGGUCUUUACUGGCAUUACUGUUAGCAAAGCAAGACUGGAAGGUAGACGUGUUCGAGAGCAAGCAUUGGAGUGAUGGGAGCUGGGCCCCUGGGCAGCCGGAUGGGUGGAAUGUCAUGCUGGGAGCUCGAGCUGCUUAUUGCCUGGAACAUGUGGGUCUCAAGGAUGACGUCUGGUCCGAAGGAGUCUUUUGUUCUGGCCGCACUGUUGUCGCAGGUGGUGGAUUGAAGCCGAAGUACCAGCCAUAUGGUUAUGAAUUGUUGGCCAUUCCACAGCCCAAGUUGGCGUCAGUGUUGAUCAACUCUGGGAUGCACAAGUAUCCUGAGAGGAUUUCUUACCAUUUUGGAUGGGGCUUAAAAUCUUUGGACCCAGAUGAGUCUGUUGCUGAAUUCAGCCCUGCAGGUGAACCUCUAGGUUUGGCUGGUCGAGAUAACAUUGUUGUGACAGCUGAUCUCGUGGUUGGAGCGGAUGGACUUCAUUCAAAAACCAGAGCUGAAUUGGAGAGGAAUAUUUUUAGUUUCAAAACUACUCUUAAAGUUGUGCCUGCAGGUCGUCAUAUCAAGCUCAGAGUACCGGUAGACGUGGUGGGGGAGCAAGUGGAUGAGAAAGGCAAUGUGCAUGGCCCAAGUAUGCUUGUGGUUGCAAGAAAUGCAAAGUUAAUGUGGGGUGUUCCCAACCGGGAUGGAACCAUGGGGUUGACAAUUCAGGGCAUUAGAGGCUCCACCGCUGCAGAUGUUUCACUGGAAAUGCAGGAAUCCUUCCCUGAGUUAUCUGAUUUCUUCGGUGCGGACGGGGAUGCAAGCGCACGCUUAGCUGUUUCUCCCGAACGAUUUCAAGGCACGGUCACUGCAACAUCGUACAACUACAAGCAAACUGUUUUAUUGGGUGACGCUGCACACUCGCUGCUGAAUGUCACUCACCUGGGUGCAGGCUUGGCGCUGGAGGAUUGUCUUGUGUUAGAUCGUCUCCUACAAAGCUCUUUGGAAAACCAAGAUCAUAGUAUAGUUGAAUGUAUAGCAAUCGCUCUGUCAAAUUUUUCUAACGAACGUGUUCCAGAAAUGGUUGCUGCAGCACAGCUUUGUACCGAUGUAUCUAGAACUAAUAUGUUUCAAGUGGAGUUGCAAAGGGCAAUUUUGAGGGUUGUUACGAGAUUCCUGCCUAGAAUCCAGCAUUGGCAAAAGGCAGCCAAUACACAAGUAGUAUCAGUUCAACAAUUAGUUAAAUGGCGAUCUAGAGAGAUAUUGAUUGUACGGAUAGCCCUCGUGUUUGCAUUUGUGCUUUUACUGUUGCGUGCUAUUCGUUUGGUGCGGCUGGCACUCAGAGUAGUAUUGCCACUGGCCAAUUUCUUGCCAAAUUAAAUGUAGCCCUGAACAAAAUUGAUGCUAAAUUCAAUACAAUAUACUUUGCUGCAU